GGGGCGGAAGCUUAAUUCUUCUUUUUUUACCUUUAAAAAGUCUGCACAGAGGCCCCAAAUCGCCCGCUCUGUGUCAUUUGUGAGUUAGCCAGGCUUGAAUGAGGACCUCUUGAGUCACCGUCUCUGCCGCCUGCUUCCAGUGCCCAACCUCACUUCCUUUAAUGGUUUAGGAGGUGGGCAGAGCCUCCGCCGCUACACAGUGGCAUUUUCAAAGGUUAAAAGAAAAAAAGAAUUAAGUCCCCCUCUAUCCCAAGAUGCCGCUCCCCAAGAUUUGCUGCCAUAGGCAGUUGCCUAUACUGCAGAUGCGAUAAUCCGCCAUUGAGGCUACCACAAGCUGUAGGUUACAGUUUGGAGACACAAAUGUUGCUGCAGCUGUUCAUCAAGUACUAUACUCACGUAGUGAUGGUAGGGCUUCGGGAAAGGACUAGGCCUCACUCGGAGCAACUGCUGAUGGGCUAGGCCUUUCCUAACAAGGGGGAAAGCCCGAGAAAUUCAAAAGAGAAGGACCAGUCCCGAGGACUGGGUGGGAACUACCCACACAGCCACCUAUUGAAGAAGAGAAGGGGUUUUUUUUUAUUGAUUUGAUUUGAUUUGUAUACUGCCCUUCCAAAAUGGCUCAGGGCGGUUUACAAUCUCUUAGGGCGUUUUUCUCAUAGUUCUGUCCCAGGAGGGCUGAGGAAGCAGCAGGCUGAGAGCUGCUGCUGGGGAAAUGGGAAGGCCAUACCUAUAAUCCUCUUACCUAUCCAGAGCUAUUUCGGUAAGGGUCAUCGUGAUUUAGAGGCCUAAAUCUCCACCCAAAACUAUCUAUCCUAAAGUGUAAGGCAGCCAGAGAUUCACAUUCGCCUCCGCUUCAGCCAGUCAAGGACGUCGGUGGUUACACUGGGAAAAGUGGAGCUGAGCAGCUGAGUUAACCAGUCACAAUAAUGGAAGAUCAAACAGGCCCCAGUUUGGACGAAGAUUUUGAAGCACCUGAGGCUACACAUACAGGACCAAAAGGGGUGAUCAAUGACUGGAGAAAGUUUAAAUUAGAAAGUGAAGACAAGCAUGCCCUUCCUGUAAGCAAGAAAGAGAUCCUCAUCAGGCAAAUGUCCUCACCCUAUCGCUCUCACAGCAGAGAUGAUAAAGACACCAGAGAGCGAUUCAGCCGAAAGAUGAGCGUCCAGGAGUAUGAGCUAAUUAAUGAUGAAAAAGAGGAUGAAGGUUGCCUACGGAAGUACCGCAAGCGCUGUAUGCAGGACAUGCAUCAGCGGCUGAGCUUUGGGCCCAAAUAUGGCUACCUUUCAGAGCUGCAAAAUGGAGAACAGUUCUUGGAAGCUGUGGAGAAAGAGCGGAAAACCAUCACCAUUAUUGUCCACAUCUAUGAAGAUGGCAUCAAGGGCUGCGAGGCACUAAGCAACAGCUUGACUUGUCUUGCUGCUGAAUACCCUGUGGUGAAAUUCUGCAAGAUCAAGGCCUCUAAUACGGGGGCUGGAGACCGUUUCUCCACUGAUGUUCUCCCAACACUUCUUGUCUACAGAGGUGGGGAGCUCAUAAGCAAUUUCAUUAGUGUCACUGAACAUUUCAAUGAAGAGUUUUUUGCUGUGGAUGUGGAAACGUUCCUAAAUGAGUAUGGGUUGCUUCCUGAGAAGGAUAUCCCAGCACUUGGGAAUGGCAACAUGGACGAACAAGAUGUUGAAUAGUUGACAUGAUAUCUAAUACUAAAGUAUCUCCUGCCCCUCCUCAGUACAUAUUGCAAUUGGAUCUCAGCAGGACCCAUGUUCAUUUAGUGAACGCUGCAUGCAUGUACUCAUGCACUGUAUGAAAGCAAUAUACAUAGUUAACCAAAAUACAUUCGCCAACUGUUCUUAUACUUGCUUGUUCAUAUGAUGCCUACACAAUUAUACUAAAGGCUAAUAGGGAAUUCGUUUUUUUUUAAAAAAAAAAUACAAAUACAAGUGGGCCCAGUCUGAAUGAGUUUCUAGCUGUAACCUUCAGAUCUGUUGGGCCCAAUUCCACCAGAUUUCUUGUGGCUUCAUCCCUAUAACAUGCUGGGAAACAAGCAGGAUAUUAAGGGAAGAGCUCCUGAACAAAUGGUCAGUGUCAGCAGGUAUAACAUUUCCAAGAUUUUCCCAGAGGGAGAGACUGCCAGAGAACAACCUUAUGUAGUCAUCUACAGGAAGGGUGCAGGUGGGGCCAAGAAGAAAUAGAAGGCAAGGUUGCAUUAGGCUACACAAUAAGCAAUUGACUGGGGUUCAGUGGGCAUGGAAACUGAACAGACUAUGCUUGCAGGAUCAAGAGGCAGAGCUGCCAGGACCCCAUAACCUCAGCAAAUGAUAGGAAAGUUUUUUGAUUACGCAAGGCAUUUUAGAGCAAGGGAAGGCUUCUACACAUUUGGUGGAGCAGAGACCAUACACAGUGGCCCUAUGAUUUGGGCAGGUCUAGAACCCAGUGAGGAACAACUGUGCAACAGGACCUGAUUCUGGCACUUAUUGCAUCACCCCAGGGUGACUCUGGUUUUCUAAGGUUGUUUCCUUUAUUCUGAAUGUCCCUUUUUGUAAAUGACAUCAGUAGAAUAAUUGAAAGGAGUUCCAUGACAAUUUUCAGGUAUUUGUCUAAUUUCUGCACGAUGCUCACAUAAAACAUGAUAUUGAAAACCGUUCUUAGAAUGAGAAAGCCACUGCUGUACAUCAGGACUGAAGCACAAUUACCUGGAUUGCACGUAUUAAGUUCUAUACAGAUGUUUUUGGUGUUUGUUUUUAAAUGUAGAGUAACUGUAUUUUGACACAACAGGCAAGUGACUGUGAAAAGGGAGCCUGGAAAUAUCUCCAGGCAAAGCAAUAUACAGUGAGGGAAAUAAGUAUUUGAUCCCCUGCUGAUUUUGUCCGUUUGCCCUC